AUGAAGUACGCCGCCAUCAUCACCAAGCUUUACGCUGCCUUGGGUAGCACCGCAGUGACCAAACUCGACGCUCUGCAAGAGCAUGAUAGCGACAUCGUGCGCCGAGUUCCUCCCACAAUUUAUGAGGAAAAGGUGUACGACGAAAUUCGUUACGACCCAACUCGCAGAGCUCCUCCUCCCACGAUUUACGAAGAAACGGAGUAA